AUGGAUCACAUCGUGUACCAAGGCAGCACCAUCUACGAUGCCGCGCUGAAAGGAAACUUCCCACUCGUGGUGCUGUUAUGGGGCAUGAUAGCUGCCCAGCAAAUGAGCCCAUUCACCCCCGAUGACAACAACAACUCUGUGAUCCACUACGCCGCAGCAGGUGGUAACGUCGAAAUUCUGCAUUUUUUCGCCCAGCAGGCUGUCCUGGCGAGUCCAAAUGCCACGACUAUCAUGGACGGGCCCAACAAGAGCGGCGAGACGCCGUUGAUCCGCGCGGCCCAUGUUGGGAAUGUAUUGUCGGUGAAAGUGCUCGUCGACUUGGGAUGCAACGUCAUGCAUCAGGAUGCAAACGGAAACACAGCGGCCCACCACGCAGCUCGUGAAGGGCAGAUAUGGAUGCUGCACUACUUGCUCGAAGCGCAAACGACUCUAAACAUUGAAGGUUGUGUUCCUGGUGGGCAGUGCGCUAUGAAGCGAGAUAUUUUGCAGUGGGCGUGUGACGGCGGUAUGUGUCACGGCUCACGGCACUUAGUGACGAUUGUCACCGUGCGCAUGCAUCAGGGAAGCAGGAAAUGA